AUGGACAAGCUAGUCGCGCAGUACUCGCGCCCGCGCCACCAGAAUGAGUUCUACUCGGAGCAAGAGCAGCUCGAUCUCACCGAGAGCCUCCCCCCGCUCUCUCUCAAGUUCAGCCUACCUCCCGUCGAUAAUCACUCUGCCUUCCUGCGCGCCAUGACCGACGACCACUCCAACCCCAGCUGCCCCAUCAAGCUCGCUCACGGAACAACAACCCUGGCCUUCCGCUUCCAGGGCGGCAUUAUUGUGUGCACUGACUCCCGAGCAACGGCCGGCAGCUGGAUUGCCAGCCAGACGGUCAAGAAGGUCAUUCCCGUGUCGCGGUUGAGCCGGGGCGAGGACAAAGCGUCGGACAAGCCCACACCUGGUCUGCUGGGUACCAUGGCCGGUGGUGCGGCGGUGAGUUAUUGUGUUGUGUUUGUGGGCGAUAUGGGAAGUUGGUUGCUGACAGAAGGCCCCGAAAAAUUAGGAUUGCCAAUACUGGUUGAGAUAUUUGAGCCAGCAGUGUACUCUCCACGACUCCCAGAAAUCCGACACAAGCGCCGCAUCACUGUUGCGGCUGCUUCGAAGAUCCUCGCCAACUUGACCUACGCGUACAAGGGGUACGGAUUGAGCAUGGGAACGAUGCUGGCAGGGAUGACCCCGCAAGAAGGCCCAGCUUUGUACUAUAUCGACUCGGACGGCACGCGCCUACCAGGAAACAUGUUCUGCGUGGGGUCCGGCCAAACAUUCGCCUACGGCGUGCUGGACGCAAACUACCGCUACGAUCUGUCGGAGAAGGAGGCGCUGGAUCUCGGCCGUCGGGCCAUCCUGGCCGCUAUGCAUCGCGACGCUUACUCCGGAGGCUUUAUCAAUUGCUAUCAUGUCAAGGAAGAGGGUUGGGUGCACCAUGGCUUCGAUGAUAUGAAUCCUAUCUUCUGGAAGACGAAGCUGGAUCAUGGUGAGUUCUCGAAUGUUACCUCGCAGCUGUAA